AUGAUGAUAGGGUUAAGAAAAUACACAACAAAGAGACCUCCAACAUCGAUCAUUACGUUGGCUUUUGUGGUUUGUUUUGUUAUAAUUAUCUACAUCUUUUCUACACCAACAAGCACACCACGUUCCGAUAAAUGUAGUUUCUAUUCGUCCGAAGGUUGUCGUACGCGUGAUCUGUUUCCUAAUGCUUAUUUUUCUCGAGAAUUAACCGAUCCAGAGAUCGAAUCUCGUGUUGUUGUUAAAGAGUUACUCAACUUUGUCCCUAUUCAAACCACAACACCAAAAGUUGCUUUCAUGUUCAUGACGCCCGGUUCAUUGCCUUUCGAGAAACUUUGGCACCUCUUCUUUCAAGGGCAUGAAGGAAAAUUUUCAAUUUAUGUACAUGCAUCCAAGGAAAAACCAAGACAUGUCAGUAGAUAUUUUCUUGGUCGAGAAAUUCACAGCGAACCGGUGAGUUGGGGGAGUUUCGCGAUGGUUGAAGCAGAAAGAAGACUUUUAGCAAACGCGCUUUUAGACCCUGAUAAUCAACAUUUUGUAUUGCUGUCUGACAGUUGUGUACCUAUACGCCACUUUGAAUUUGUCUACAGCUACUUAUUGUAUACAAAUGUCAGCUACAUUGAAAGCUUUCUUGAUCCCGGUCCUCAUGGAAAUGGAAGAUUUAUAGAGCAUAUGUUGCCUGAAGUAGAACUGAAGGAUUUCCGAAAGGGUUCGCAGUGGUUUUCAAUGAAGCGGCAGCACGCUGUAAUCGUUAUCGCAGAUAAUCUCUAUUACACAAAAUUCAAGUAUCACUGCAGGCCAAAUAUGGAGGGCGGACGCAACUGUUACUCAGACGAGCAUUAUUUCCCGACGUUCUUUCAUAUGCUUGAUCCAGGCGGAAUUUCAAAUUGGUCGGUAACAUACGUUGAUUGGUCAGAAGGAAAAUGGCAUCCUAGAACAUUCGGUGCUCGAGAUGUUACUUAUAACGUCGUCAAAGCCUUAACAUCCUUUGAUCAAAGUCCACAUAUUACAAGUGAACCAAAGAGAACAGUUUUGAUGACACCUUGCAUGUGGAAUGGAUCAAAGCAGCCUUGUUAUUUAUUUGCCAGGAAGUUUUAUCCAGAUGCCUUGGAGAGAUUGAUGCACCUUUUCUAUAAUACUACUUCAAUUUAA